GCCAGGCUUGGUAUAGAAGGACAGAAUCUCUGGCGCACACGCCUCCUACCCAAAUCACAGCCCCGUGCAGCCCGGGCUCUCAUUCACAGCUUUCUAGAGAAAUCUGAGCUCCAACUGCCAGGAUAGGGGAUCUCACCCACCCAGUUCAGCCGCGAGGACACCUGCAGAAACACAUUCUCAAAGCAAGCCUGGGCUGCGGUGUGAAGGUAUUUGUUGCCUUUUUCUUCCUUCUGUGUUUGCAGAGCCUCCCCGCCCGUCCCCGCUCUAGCGGUGCCAUGGCUGCGGCGUUUCAGCACUUCGGCGCGUGGACAGCUCCCAUCUGCAAUCCCACUGCACUCCAUCCCUUCUGCACCCCACACUCUUCACCGCCUCCGCGGUCCAUCCUCUUGCCACGCCGCACAGCCUGCGCUCCCCAGCCAUCAGCACCCCAUCUCCACCAUCGCCGUCAUCAUCUCCACCAGCACCGGCGCGUAAGCAAUGGCUUCAGUUUCCCUCCUCUUUUGGAUGGCCACCACCACAUAAGGCCUGAAUGUCCUGCUGUUUUCCAAGGACAGAAAGAAGCCUCUGUACCUGCCUGUUUGGGGAGCAGUCUUAUAGGGGAGACGUCGAAUGGGCCACAGACUCAGCACACUUCCAUGUGAAUGGGACCAGUUUCUGUUCUUCCCAAACCUCAGAGCUUAAGCGCUUUGGAAGGAGAUUUGGCCAAGAUGACGCAUUUGCAGGCUGGGCUCAGUCCAGACACUAUAGAGAAAGCUCGCCUGGAACUGAAUGAAAACCCAGAUGUUUUACAUCAGGACAUUCAGCAAGUCAGAGACAUGAUCAUCACCAGGCCAGAUAUUGGGUUUUUACGUACAGAUGAUGCCUUCAUCCUGCGAUUUCUCCGAGCCAGGAAGUUUCACCAAGCCGAUGCCUUCAGACUCCUGGCCCAGUACUUUCAGUACCGCCAGCUAAACCUGGACAUGUUCAAAAACUUUAAGGCAGAUGAUCCUGGGAUAAAGAGGGCUUUGAUCGAUGGAUUCCCCGGAGUGCUGGAAAAUCGUGACCACUACGGCAGGAAGAUUCUCUUGCUGUUUGCUGCCAAUUGGGAUCAGAGUAGGAACUCCUUCACAGACAUCCUCCGAGCCAUCCUCCUGUCCUUGGAAGUCCUUAUUGAAGAUCCCGAGCUCCAGAUAAAUGGUUUCAUUUUAAUUAUAGAUUGGAGUAAUUUUUCCUUCAAACAAGCCUCUAAGCUGACACCUUCUAUCCUGAAACUGGCCAUUGAAGGACUGCAGGACAGCUUUCCUGCUCGCUUUGGAGGCGUCCAUUUUGUCAACCAGCCCUGGUACAUCCACGCCCUGUACACGCUCAUCAAGCCAUUUCUUAAAGACAAGACAAGAAAACGGAUUUUCCUACAUGGAAACAAUUUGAACAGUCUUCACCAGCUAAUACACCCUGAGUUCCUGCCCUCUGAAUUUGGAGGAACCCUUCCUCCUUAUGACAUGGGCACUUGGGCCCGGACACUGCUUGGCCCGGACUACAGUGAUGAGAAUGAGUACACCCAUACUUCCUACAAUGCCAUGCGUGUGACACACACCUGCUCCAAUCUGGAGAGAGCGUGCUCACCCAAGCCCAUGAAAAGAUCUCAGUCUGUGGUAGAAGCUGGGACCUUGAAACAUGAAGAGAAAGGAGAAAAUGAGAACACCCAGCCCCUGCUGGCUCUGGACUGAGCCAGUAUCAUGUGACAUCUCCAGUGGAGCAACCCUCCAGCAAGCCUGUGCAACUGACCCACAGACACGCGUGCUCUGCUCGACUACCGUCCUCCAUCCCAGGCCCAGCCAUGACUGUCAGCAACCAUUGGUCUGGGCAGCUCACACUGGACAAGAUCUGAGAGAUGCUUUUAAAAUUUAACUAAUUAAUUUAUGUUUUAGUGAGGGAUGGUGGGGGUGGUGAAGAAAGGCAUUUAUGUAAAAAGGAGUCUCCCUCCCCUCAUAUUUCUGGCAGCAAAUAUACUUAAAAAGGGAAAAAACCUAAAUUAGUCAUAUAUACAUCACUCUAAAGAACAUAGGAACCCUCUCCAGGUUUUGCAAAUUAAGAUGAGAUGUAUUCCCAAAGAAAUACAUCAGAGUUAAAAUGUGCAGACACAUCACAAGUUUAAUGUAGCAACAGUGGCUACAAUAAUUCCAGUUGUAUUGACUUAUUUUCUGACCUCAUCACCAGCAUUUAAGUGUUCAGCCUAAGAGUGUGAUCUUGCACGUCUGGCUAUUUGCAAAGUCUUUAAUUUAAAUCUCUCUCCUACAAGAAUGAUUUCGACAUCACGUGGCUUGUCAGGCCAUCAGCUGACUUCAUGAGUUGCUGUUUAAGACGACAGAGGCAGAUUGAAAAAAAUGACUGCUUCGUUGUAACAAAGUGAUUCCUGAAGGCAAAUGCCUAUAUAGAGGAGGCAAGUCAUUGAAAACAAAACAAAAAACACAAACAAACCACACUGGUGACUGAUGAGCCCAUUUAAGUUAGUUCUUGUGUUACUACCGCAAAAAAAAAAAAGUGCUAUCUAAUAGUCCCUUUGUCCAAUGCUCUGGACAAAGAGAAA